AUGUACAAGUUCCUGUUGUGCACAGUACUUGCUGGUAUUCUCGGGAAGUGGCUGUACGAUACACAUCGGCGACGUCAGGGAGAAGCGGCAUUCGCCAAAUUACACGGCUGUCUGCCACCUCAGAGCGAAUUCAAGCACCGCUGGCCCUGGGCCCUUGAUCUGAUCAAGAAGCAUGUUGAGACGGUCCUGACUGACCAUGCAUUGAUGCUACAAGUGGAGUUCACCGAGAGCAUGGGCAUGACUUUUGCGGCGUAUAUGUUCGGACGUGUUGGGUACUUCACCUCGGACCCUCGCAACAUCAAAGCCAUCACAGAGACUCAUUUCCAAGCCUCAGACAUGGGAUUGGGAGUGCGACGACCUGCCUGCUACCCGUUCUUUGGCGAGGGUAUCUUCACCCAAGACGGUCCGGCCUGGAAGCAUUCGCGAGAAAUGCUCCGACGUCAGUUUGUACGAAUCCAGGCUCGAGACUUGGAGACUUUCACAGAUCAGGUCGAAGUUCUGAUCUCAACUUUCCGAGACUCGAAGGGCGUGCUGGACCUUCAGCCGGCGUUCUUUCGGUUCACGCUCGCGACCACGACCGCGCUACUCUUUGGCGAAUCUAUCGAGACACUGUCAGAAGCAGAGCAGGACGAGUUUGCCGAACAUUUCGACUGCGCGACUUGGGUUACCGCCGUACGACUGCCCUUGGCACAUCUGAGCUUCCUGUACAACACUCCGAGCUAUCGGAAGUCGUGCAGGAUCGUUAAGCGCUACGCGGACCACUUCAUCGAGAGAGCAUUCCAGUACGCGCGUGAGCACGGUCAAGAAAAGGCUACCGAAAAAUAUCCCUUCAUUUUUGAUCUUUACACAGAGUACCAAGAUCGAUCGUUGGUGCGGGACCAGCUCGUCAACGUGUUGCUGGCUGGACGAGACACCACAGCGUGCACCAUGUCUUGGGCAGUGUUCCAUCUUGUUCGUCAUCCGGAGAUGAUGCAGCGGCUGCGUGAAGAGAUCGAUGAGGUCACCGGCUCCGAGACGGUGAUUAGGAGAUCGCACACGAAGAACAUGCCUUAUCUAAAUGCCGUGCUGAACGAAACCCUACGGCUCUAUCCACAGGUCCCGAUGAACACCAGGUCCACAGUCCGGACGACAUUCCUCCCCAAAGGCGGUGGCCCGGACGGGGAGUCACCAGUGCUCGUCCCCAAGAACGCCGGCAUCACCUUUAGCCCGUACCACAUGCAUCGGCGCAAGGAGCUCUUCGGUGAGGACGCCCACGACUACCGACCAGAACGGUGGCUGGACGGCAAGCUUUCCAACAUUGGCUGCGCCUACAUCCCGUUCCUCCACGGGUUCAGGACGUGCUUGGGCAAGGACUUUGCGCUGUCGGAAGCAAGCUACGCCCUCGUCCGGCUCCUCCAGGCGUAUCCGGCCCUGCGGCUUGCGCCUGGGACGGAAGUCGUGCCGACCGGGGAGGAGAAGCAGAUGCUGACGCUGGUGGUGUCGAGCUUGGAGGGAUGUAAGGUCGUGCUUGACUAG